GAAUGGCGGACGUUGUUAUUGUGGGAUAUUUGUUCGUAUUUUUAAUAAUUAGUGCUGGUCAUGGGGGCCUCACAGGCUUGGAUGGUUUGGAGGAUGAUGACCAAUCUCCAAGCACUCAUUCGGAGAAUAAGAUUCAUGAUGACCCAAUAUCCAUUGAUAAGAAUAUGGUACAACACCCAAGGUAUAAGUGCCAUCAAUGUGAGUCACCGGAAUGUGAAGACGGGGAGGAUGCAGUAUUAAGAACUUGUGGCUCGGCUCUCUCCUGUUUCAAGUCUACGGUGAGAGAGUCUGAUGGAGAGCUCAGGCACACAAGGGGCUGUUCCACCAGGCGGGAUCAUUAUCACUUUACAUGCAGGACUAACCAGCCGGGAGUUCGCAAACGUCACGCCGGUCAAGUGAACGUGACGUGCUGCCAGGGGGACCUGUGCAACGAGGGCAACUUCCCCGAGCUGUCUCCGGCGGACACCGCCAUCGAGCCCCUGUCAGCAGGCGCCUGGAAGCUGUGGCUUAGUGUCCUGGCUUCCGUCGUCACCGUCACCGUCAUCGCAGCCAUGGCCAUAUUUGUACUGAGGAGGACUCACAGGUUACGGGUGUCGCAAGCAGCUCAGAAGCUGGGAAUGGAUCCCAACUACUUCACCAACAAUGUCUACAACUCACCACUCACAAGCGCCUUCUAUGAAGGUGUGGAAGGGUCGCAGAAUGCGGUGCGAGCGGUGCCAGCCGGAGACUCCACCUUACGGGAGUACCUGGACACGUCCGUCAGCUCGGGAUCGGGCUCCGGGCUGCCGCUCAUGGUGCAGCGAACCCUCGCUAAGCAAGUCACGCUCAUCGAGAGGAUCGGAAAGGGUCGAUACGGUGAGGUGUGGCGCGGCUCGUGGUACGCCGACAGCGUCGCCGUCAAAAUCUUCUUCUCCCGGGACGAGGACAGUUGGCGGCGGGAGACGGAGAUCUACAGCACGGUGCUACUGCGACACGACAAUAUCCUUGCCUACGUGGGCAGCGACAUGACCAGCCGGAACAGCUGCACCCAGCUCUGGCUAAUAACGCACUUUCACCCGCUGGGAUCUCUGUACGAGCACCUCAGCAGGAACACACUCACCAGGCAGCAGAUGAUGCUGGCGUGUCUCUCCAUCGUCAACGGAUUGCUGCAUCUACACACAGACAUACACGGCACACAGGGUAAGCCGGCGAUAGCGCACCGCGACAUCAAGUCCAAGAACAUCCUGGUGAAGGCGGACGGCGAGUGCUGCAUCGCGGACCUGGGGCUGGCGGUGACGAGGCGCCACGUGGCCGAGGGCAUCCCGGCAGGUGCGCGUCAGGGCACCAAGCGGUACAUGAGCCCCGAGAUGCUGGACCAGAGUAUGAACGUGCAGUGCUUCGAGUCGUACCGCAAGUGCGACGUGUACGCGCUCGGGCUGGUGCUGUGGGAGGUGGCCGUGCGAGUGUCGCCCGCCCGCCCGCACGCCCCGCCCUACGGCCUGCUGGCGCCCGCUGACCCGCCCUUCGACCUGAUGCGGAAGAUCGUGUGCACCGAACAGGCGCGACCCACGCCGCCAGACCAUCCGCACCCGACAAUGGUCGGCAUUUGUAAGCUGAUGCAGGAAUGCUGGCAUCAGAACCCGUCCGUGCGACUUCCGGCGUUGCGAAUUAAGAAGACCCUGCUCAAGUUGGCAGCCGCAGACCCUUCCAUACACCUUGAUAUUGACAAUGAAGUGUCACUCUGAAGUGGUCGUGACAAACGAAGCUAUAGUAAAAACUAUGAUGAUAGUACAAAACUGAAGUAAAAGUGCAAAACUGAAGUAAAAGUGCAAAAAUGAAGUAAUAGUGCAAAACUGAAGUAAAAGUGCAAAACUGAAGUAAAAGUGCAAAACUGAAGUAAUAGUGCAAAACUGAAGUAAAAGCUCAAAACUGAAGUAAAAGUGCAAAACUGAAGUAAAAGUGCAAAAAUGAAGUAAAACUGCAAAACUGAAGUAAAACUGCAAAAAUGAAGUAAUAGUGCAAAACUGAAGUAAUGUAUGUGUAUUACAAAUGAAGUAUGAAGAGAAAUGAUAUGUGAGACACUGAGGAGUUUGAUAUGAAUAAUUGUGGAGAUGAUGGGUUAAAUUUUUUUAUACGAUUUUUUAUUAUUAUUAUUUUAGCCUGUGAUUGAACCCAGUACAGUAUUUUUUUAAUUAAAAUAACUAAACUGGGGGUUCAUUGAGUCACUGUUCUUAGGAUUUAUUUGUUGUUUGUAAUCAAAUACUUAAGUAUUUCAAUGUCUAUUUAGUUAUUAAUGAAUUGAGGCUUUAAGGACAUUAAGUGGCAGAUUGUAAAAGUAUAAUAUAUUAUAUUAUAAUUUGAUCUUGUACAAGUAGUACAUAGAUAAAAAAUAUAACUGUCAGAGAAAUUGCCAUAGAAUGAGCUAUCUGCAACAUAAAAAUCGAUGGUUUUUAUUUUGAAUCUUUGGUCAUAAAUAUUUCAUCAUUCUAUCGUCUAAGUUUGUGCAAGUUACAAAAAAAAAUUUUUAGUGUUAGUUUUUGAAAUAAAAGUUGAAGGAUUUAGUUUGGAAUAUAAAAAAAAAUACGAAAAAUUAAGAUAAUGUUUAUUGCUUUUAAGACAACUUCUUCGCAGAUCUGUGAAAUAACAGCGGUGAUUCUAUAUACUAAGGUAGUCGAUUUGAUUGUUUCGACAAACACUCGCUGUGUAUUGCAGUCUAAAGUGCUCAGUAUAAGAUGGACGUUAGGUCGCCCGUAUAUUAUCAUGUCACAAGUUUAAUAGAUCUGGGACCAUUGUAUGGCCACAAUCCUGCACUCUGUAAACAAGUGCUGUGGCAUUUUGUCUGCUUCCAUGCAUUUUAUUUUUUUCUAAUUUAUCUUUAGUGGGUUAUUCCAGAUGGUUGAAACAGUUGAAGACCACAUUGAUUUAUAUCCCAUGAUCAGUGCAAUUUUCAUUUUAUACAAGAGUUAAAUUUUUGUUUUCAUACAUCUGAUAUACAACCUGCUCCGAACAUUGCUGCAAGUAAGAACUCCAUGAUACAGUUGUUAGACAAUACAUAUUAAGUAAUAACUUAAAUAUACAUAUAUAAUAAUAUAGUAAAUAAAUUAAUAAUAACCGCCCCUCACUGUUGCGGUCAUUCGCCUAUGUUCAGAAUGACCAUUAAGUUUACUAACAACUGUUCCCAAUAUACUAUCUACAGAUAGAGAUUAGUUACUACCUUCUACUGUCAGAAAUAAGUUGUCAAUAAUCUGAAGCUGUCCCAAUAUACCAGAUAAGUCAUUCUUAUCGCCUUAUAUUGGGAUGCGUGAAUUGCAAUUUCCAUACAAACUUUAUAUCGCUGGUAAGCUAUACGUUGUCCCAUUGACAGACAGCGUGCACAGAUAAUGUGAGUUACCGUCGAUAAGUUACGAUUUUUAUCUCGAGUAAGAGAUAGACUGAAUAUAUGGGAACGGCCGUUAGACUUGUAUAUAAAAACCUACUGUACUGUAGAAUGCGAUGGUAUAAAAACUCCAAUGUACACAGAUGACGUUUUUGACAGGUAUUCAGUGAUUAUAAUGACGCGAGUGUAAUGACCAGUAGAUCGCGUGUGGCACGAUGCUAGCCGAUUGCACGUAACCUAAGAGCGCUUUCGCACUACGUCCGAUCCGAAUCCGAUAAAUACUGCGAAAAUAAAGUACGGUGCAGUCGUUGAACUAUUUCUAACGGUUAACGGAAAGAAAUCGGAUGUCGGAAGGAUCUAGUGCGUAAAUACCAUAGAAAUAGUACUAACUACUACCACUACUACCCCCGUGUAUUCACGGGUAAGGAUCGGACGUAGUGCGAAAGCGCUCAAAGUGUGCUGUGGUAUGUAUUUCGAGUGUGUUCGGCCGGGAGCCAAAACGCCUUUCCGUGUGAAUGUUACAAGGCAAACUCUUAUACUUGAGUAACUACUGAGCUCUCUAGCGCGACACAGUAUACGAAUAGCGCCAUCUAUUGGUAUCUCUUAGGAACUAGUAGUAUUAGGUUGUUUUUUUACACUACUGAUGUAUGUAUAAUAUUAGGCUGUAUGGUGUACUUACCUUUGCCUUAAUUAUCCUCGAAGAUGUAAAUACGGGAUAAAAAAAUAUGUGUAACACCUAUAUCACUUGUUAACAUAUGCACAUAAAGUUAUGAUAAUAGUAGUGUCAUUGAUGUACAUAUUAAAUGUGUAUUAAAUACUAUAGUAUUAUGCAUUUUAUUAUGACUGUAAAAAAAUUUAAUGUAUAACUAUAAAGUGUUUUUAUUAUUUUUGUGCUGUUAAAAUUGCAUAUAUUUAAUCUCCGUAAUCACAGACAAUUCAACCUAAAGACGACCCGCUACCGGGGAUAUGGUUUAGCACAGGUUUGGCAGUGACAUUGCAUAACAGCCGGCCCCGCCCCUUUACGUUUCUCAGUCCACCGCCGAGAGCCACAGAGGUAACAUUGUCCAUGCUACCGUUAUAAUGUCCUAUUGUUCAGUUUAAUGGUGUGGAAAUUGUAUUACAACAUCUACUAAUAUAUAAUAAAAUGCGAGAUUACUAAAUAUUCGAUUGGCUUAUUUAAAAAAAACUCAAUGAAGAAGAAGAGUUUAUUCAAAAUACAUACAUUUUACAUUUCAAUACUUGAUGAUUUUGUAUUUACACUUUAUUGAGAUAUUAACUAUUUCAACAACAUUAAAUAACUUGUGUAACAAUUAAUAUGCUUCCUUAUAAUUCCGUUAUAAAGUAAUUCAUUCGACUUGGUUAUAAAUAUUAGUAAAUGAGCAUCGACCAUAACUAAUGAGUUAUUACUGGCAUUGCUAAGUUUAAAUAACACUUUUUAUAGGAUUAAAACGCUUGUAACUGUAACUGUGUUGUUACAUUUUGCGUUAAAGUUACAUUUUAAUAAUUAUUUUAGCUAACCCAACGUUUCGUGACCUUUUCAGUGCACGUUUCGGGACUGUUGUUGACAGGAGUUGAGAUAGUAUUUGUCAUAGUUGUCAUUAUGAAGUUUACCACCAUUUGUUACCUCGGAGGUGGUAUUUGCUGUAGACAGUUGGUUUUUGGCAAAAUUUACUGACAAAAACACAGUUACAAUAACACGCGUUUUAAUCGUUUAAAAGUGUUUUAUUUAAAUGUGUUACACUCGCGUUUAUCAAAGAAAAUACUAUUGCUAAUUUUGACAAGUCGGAACAAUCCAAUGAAAACUAGCCGACCUCUCCCGAUCCCACACUUGGCGAUUUUGUAUCGUACUAAAAUUCAUGCAAGCGAGGUCUUUUAGGUUGCAGUGUCUGUGACGGUAAUAUAAGUAAAGCCAGUGUGUGUUGGUGAGAGAUACUUAAUAUUAUCCGAAUGUCCGAAUGUAAAUCCGAACGCCAAACUGUGGCACAAGACUUAAAAAACCAUCGAGUAUCAGAGAUAACCAAAAUAGUUCAGAUAAACAUGUUUUUCGUUCUUUACAAAAUAAAUUACCAGUCAAGUAAAGUCAGGAAAAUUUAAUGUCUUUUGCCAGAGUUUGGCGAGUGAAUAUCUCCUCGUGUAGUGGAUUUCCGCAAAAUAGGGCCUACUUCAAUAAAUACUUAAUAUUGUCUAAACUUUAAAACUUCUUAAGUAUAAUAUACACCUAAAGUGCCUGAAAGUAAAAUGGAAGAUAUAUUUUUAAGAGAUCUCCUUCACUUAUUGUGUUAAAUAAUAGAUAUACAAAUUCAAUUCAGCGCUCUAACGCAGAGCCAACAGUCCGGUGCGCAUCAUCCAGAAAUCUAGGUAUCUUUAUUCAACUCUCUAUUCUGACUCCUUAACCAAAUCUCGCGACGUCCAUAAAAUUUGGUGAAUUAAUUGAAUUUAUGCAGAACAUGUUUGACAAUACUGUUUAAUAAAAUAGCCGAUUUAUUAAUAAGACAAUAAACUGUAAGAGCAUUAAUUAGAAAGUACAUUCUUUUUUGUAUAUAAUAACUAACUUCCAGGUCAUGAAUCUAGUAAAAUAAUUUGCAGGGCAGUCGCCAUCUGACCGGUGAGUCGUAUUCCUAUAUGGCCAUAUUAGUAAAGGUAACUUAUGAAUAAUCUCAAUAAUAGGUAAGUGUAGUUUAUAGAAUUAUAAAUUAGAUGGUAAUAGAACAGCGAGACGACUGUCGCCUACAUGUCCUUAUAUUACACUUGUGACGCCUCGGAUAUUUGAAGGCUUAUGAUAGUAAUACAAAUAAAUUGAGAACUUCAUACUUUAUUAAAUUAUGCAAUAUAUUUUUGUUUUGGAAACAGAAGUUUAAAAAGUAGACAAUAGUUUGAUUAACAAAAAUGUAUAGUUAUUGUGAAAAAAAAGCGUUCGGUGUCUGUUUGUUGACAGAUAUCAUGUUGAAAAUGUCCAUAAAUUAUGUGACACAUGGGGAGGAAGGGUGUGACGAAGUGUGACACGGGGCGGGGAGUGGUCCCAAUAUUUGUGACAUCACAGUUUUUCAAAAUAUAGUAUUUUAUAUCUAAGAAUUACAACGCUAAAGUCUCUAGUUUAUUAUUUUAUAUUUUGUUAAUAAAUCAUGCCUUUGUUUGAUUUAAUGUUGUUUUGUUUGAAAAAGAAUUUAAAUGGAAAUAACAAUAAUUUCAGAACUGUUUUAAUAACUUCAUCAAUUUCCAAAUGUUAAAUGCGAAAGAUCACUGUGCUCACAAAUGUGACAAGUGUGACAAGGAACAAUCACAAAAUCAUAAAAUUCAUAAUUCAUGCGAUGUAAUUUAUGGAUGGCACCUAAAUAAAAUAAAUAAAUGAUCUGAAAUACACUAUAUUUACGCGUUGUGUAUCUUCCGCCGUUCCGCGUAAUUCCCUGGUGGUCUUUAAGUCACCUGUGAGGCGACAUCGUUGACGCGGCUGUCACUUCUAGUACCUUCCUUGUAUGUGUUCUAUGAUUUAGGUCUCGUAAUAACUUUAACAAAUGACAUUUGUAAUUAUUGAUGUAUGAUAAUUGUGUUCAUGUGACUUUGUAAAUUACUCGGGUAAGUAUAUUAUGACGUGUCUGUUUUUCUGUGUAAUAAAUAUUUGUUUAUAGUA